AUGGCGAAAAAUGAUUGGAGGCUUCUGUUUCCGGACUGCUCCGUUGAAACGAUCCCGAUGGCUCUGUCAGAUCACUCCGCAAUCCUCUUGAAGUUAGAAGGUGAUGCCAGGAGUUGCGCGCCUAGGAGGGAUUAUUUCAAAUUUGACUCUUGUUGGGCUAAUGAAGAGCAAUGUAGAGAAAUUAUGAAACGGAUUUGGGAGAAGGAAGAUGAUUCUUUCUCGGCUAAGGUGGGGGAAAUUGGCAUUUCUCUUGGUGAUUGGCAAAGAUCGAGAAGGGGUCAAGCUAAGAGGGAAGAGAGGAGGUUAAGGAGUUAUUUACUUCGGCUUGAUUCGGGAUCGGUCAUGGAUAUGUCUUGUGAGCUUCGACGCAAAGCUUUGGUGGAUCUUAAGGAGAUUAUGGAUAAAGAUGAAAACUAUUGGCUUCAGAGAUCCCGUGUUGCGUGGCUUAAGGAUGGGGAUCGUAAUUCUUCGUUUUUCCAUGCUAGAGCAAAUAGGCGCCGUAAAAAGAACUGGAUUGAGGGGUUGCAGAGGGAUGGGGGGUUGGUGUGA